AUGGCGCCUCAGUUUGCAAAGGACAUAACUCGAAACAAGCUGCUUUGUUUUUUACCCCUUUCCUUGAUAUUUCUCUCUCCUUUUUACAUUUCCCCCCAGAUCAGCAACGUCUUGUUUUUCAUUUUGCCGCCCAUCUGCAUGUGCUUGUUCCGUCAGUACGCAACGUGCUUCAACAGCGGCAUCUACUUAAUCUGGACCCUUUUAGUCGUCGUGGGAAUUGGAUCCGUCUACUUCCAUGCAACUCUGAGUUUCCUGGGUCAGAUGCUUGAUGAACUUGCAAUCCUUUGGGUUCUGAUGUGUGCUCUGGCUAUGUGGUUCCCUAGAAGGUAUCUGCCGAAGAUCUUUCGGAACGACAGGGGCAGGUUCAAGGCGGUGGUGUGCGUGCUGUCUGCGGUUACAACGUGCCUGGCCUUUGUGAAGCCCGCCAUCAACAACAUCUCUCUGAUGACGCUGGGGGUUCCUUGCACUGUGCUGCUCGUCGCAGAGCUGAGGAGGUGUGACAAUGUCCGUGUAUUUAAGCUGGGCCUCUUCUCUGGCCUCUGGUGGACCUUGGCCCUCUUCUGCUGGAUCAGUGACCGAGCCUUCUGUGAGCUGCUGUCGUCUUUCCACUUCCCCUACUUGCACUGUGUGUGGCAUAUCCUCAUCUGCCUGGCCGCCUACCUGGGCUGUGUUUGCUUUGCCUACUUCGAUGCCGCCUCCGAGAUCCCUGAGCAAGGCCCGGUCAUCAGGUUCUGGCCCAGCGAGAAAUGGGCCUUCAUCGGGGUCCCCUACGUGUCCCUCCUGUGCGCCCACAAGAAAUCGCCAGUCAAGACUACGUGACGGAGGGGGUGACACGGGCCUCCCUGCCUAGGCGUCCUCUGCAGGGCUUCUGCCAGCAAAGGCCCUGGGGUUCUCAGAGUUGGGGUGGGGUCUAUUUUAUUUUAUUUUAAAUUCUGUUCCCUUGGGCUCUCACUGGUGUGUCUGAGGACCACCAGACCCCACUGUUCCCAAAGAUGCAAAGUGGACUGAGGUGCUAGGUGUGUCUUCUCAGCGUCACUUUUAGAUGCGGUGGCUUGUUGGGCUGCGCCCCCCGUGGCAGUGGGGGACCCGGAGCUGCCUCCUCCCUGAGAGCCUGCGGGCUCCAGAGCCUGUCCUGGGCUCCAGACCCUUCCGUUCCCGUUGACUGGACAGAUCCUGCGACAGACAACGCCCUCCAACCGCCCGACGGAGGCCGCCGGGUUUCCAUUUGGGAAAACCAUCUUAAAGCAAAAGCCGAGCAAAUGAAACACGCAGGGCUGUGCCUGAGGAAGCCACUUUUCACUUGCAGCGCCCAGUCACCCGGGUUUUACAAGCAUUUGCGGAUCCUUUCACUUCUACCUCUGCUGAGAGAUGGAGACUUGACCGGAUGAGGGUAAAGCUAACCGGAAAACCCCUCUAUGCCAAAAACUAUUCUCCACUUAAGCCAUUCUUGAAGAUGACAGAGUUUUUAAAUAUUGACAUUGUAUAUCCCCCAGCCCAGUAGCCUCAGGCACACAGAGGAAUAGCUGGGCCCGUACACAGACACCCUCCUCACGGCCUGACCCCUGUAACACUGCCAAAGGGCCGUGACAGUUGUGAUGAUGGGGGUCCUGGUUGAGAAUUGGGAGCAAACACGACGUUUUUCUCAUUGGAAACCUCCUGUAUGCGGCCUGGAAAUUAUCCUCAAGAACCUCCCUGUCCUUUCUCUGAUUUUGCUGUGGGAAUUCCACGCCCUGCUCUCACAGGGGGAGGGGCUCCCUGUAGUCUCCCCCAGCAUUUGGUCCCUGUACUUACGUGCUGGCCGUAGCCACGCACUAGCUGCCUGGGUCACUGGCCGGUGCAGCAGGGCGAACCUGUUGCCUUCUGAGUUUUUCUCACCUAAAGUGACACUGGCUACAAGGAAAUCUCCUCUUCACUGGGAUGGAUGGAAGACUCCAGGCUCCCCUGAAGGAGUGAGGUGGGAAUUCACGACCUCAGGGAUACUCAUUUUAACUCAGGCGCUUCCUGCUUCGCAACAUUCCAUUGUGAGGGGGCAGGGCAGGCUGUCCUGGUGCGGACGGGAGUCGCGUCACUGUCCCAGGUAUCUAAGAGUUGGGCAGCAGCAGUUGGUGGCAUGUCCAGGAACCCCUCCUCUGGCUAGAAUUUGCACAGGAUCUAAAGUGAAAACCCCAUUCAAAAAUGGAAUUCAGAGUUUAAGAAUGAAUGACUUUAUUCUACUUCUGUGGUUUUCAAGUCAUUUUAGCAGCAGAACCCUGUAAGAAAUCUUUAUGGAACCCUAAAGUGUGAAAUAGGUUUUAUUUUAUUCGCUUAAAUUUAUCUUAAGGUUAAACUUACAGCAUUUCCUUAAUAUCAUAGCAGGCAGUGAAAACGCAAAGGACACAGUGCCCUAUGGAGAUUAGUGUUAAUGCGAUGAGGGCUGAGAAGAAGGGUGGAAGGGGUAUAUUGAGGAGGGCAAAACAUAACUGUUCUUUUGAGCAGCAAUCACCGUAGCUUGCCAGUGUGGGAGGAAUAUACUGAAUCUUAUUUAAGUUAGGUUGAUGACAUCAUUCCUAUUUAUAGUUACAUAUAUAUUUAUAAUGCUUCGAUAGCACUACAUGCUCUUUAAAGAAAAUUGGGAUACUACAAAAAAGUUCAAGUAAUCUACUUCUAUAGCUCACAGCCAGCCAUUGUCAAUAUUUUGGUAUAUUCUCAUUUUUUUUCUUCCCCCCCACCCCCCAUAUAAUUUUAAAUAGAUGUCUUUUAGAGCUGGCAGUUUAUCCUGUAGUUUGAAUGGAAUAUAAAUGUCAGUUGGGUAUUUUUCACAAAGAGCAGGUUUUGAAGUUCACUCGAGUUAGCUGGACACUUGAGAGCUCAUCACUGGAUCCUGAGACUGACUACUGACUCUUCCCUGCGAAUCGAGCCUGACACGAAUGGGCCCCAAGAAAUCAUGGACUGCAUUCUACUUUGUGAUAUGCUUCUGCACGUGGACUGACGAGUAAUAGGAAAUCGUCGUUAAAUAGAUGGCUCUCCAGGUUUGAUGUUUGCUGAUUUAAAGUAAUUGCUUUAAAGAAGGGCUUAUUUCAUUAAUAAAUGUACAAUCAAGAAUCUUUCCCCUACCCUGUUAAGGCAGGGAAGUGGAGAUUUGACACUUAGGAGUUGCCCAGCAUGGCUAUCAGAUCUUUUUCUGGUUAGAAUCUUCUCUCCCCUUUAUAUUAUUAUAAAUCAAGUCCUUCAGUGAACAUAUUUAAGGUGCACGGGAGCAGAUAUCUGAAUCCAUUUGGUAACAAGCUACAUUUGGGGGACCUCUGCCUGUCCCUCAGGAGAGUGCCUAGGCUGAUGGUCGGCAGACACAGGCUUUGUGAAAUGCCACCACCUACUGUGUGUAUUGGGUUCCUCAGGCAUGUAAAGCGUCUCACGGUCCGUCAUGCUUACGGGAGCCAGUGCUGUCUUGGAGGCUCCAGGACUGGGACUUGAGCCCUCCCUGCCUCUCAGCCCUUGGGACUGACAUGGAACCAGCUGUGAGGGACGGUGAGGGCUGACGCGUGCCUGGCCAGAGCCCUGAUCAGAGCUCCUUUCUCCCAGGUGGACUCGGAACCUUUCCUAGCCAGCGCUCUCCUGGGUGCUGCAUUCCAGCCGGCCAAAGAGAAGUCUCGGGCCAGGUUGGGAUUCCCAGUGGAUUUCACAGAAUCAGUCUCCUAUGGACUUUUUAAAAAAUAGCCCCUACUCUAAGGGACCGAUUUUUGAAUUGUAUCUUUAUAUAUUAAACCAGAUUUAAGAGUGUUUUAUAACUGCAAUAUGUAAUUAGAGCAAGUGUAGCAUUUUCAGAUAUAGUCCUUCUGUACUCUACCGUUUAUGCAGGGGGUGAUGUAUGAGGGGUGUGCCCACCGGCUGGGGCAGCAUGUAAUCUCCAUUGCUUUGGGAGUAAAUUCGUCCUUUUGAAAUGGAGCUUUUGCACUUUAUGCUCUUUCUGUGAACUCUGACAGCUUUGUUUGAUAUUAAAGCCACGAUGGCAUUUUCUGUGAAUAAA